AUGGCCUCUCCGCCCGACUCUGACUACUCGCGGCCGCAAACAUGGCGCAAUAUGCCACAGCAGCAGCAACGAUCAAGAACUUCAAGCUCUGCCGACCACCGGCAGAUCUACGAAAUGGAGCUCAUGCAGUGCACCGGUCGCAAUUCCAGUAACGUCAGCAUCGCGAGUUUCGACAGCACUGCGCAGUCGUUGACGUACAGCAAUCCCGCUAUGGCCGCCAACGCGUCAGUGGCUGCUACGGCAAGUGCUCAAAGGUCCAUUUAUGCCAAUGAGAGAACCGAAAGUGUAUCUAGUGCGGCGUGUAGCGCGACCAGAAGCAGCGUAGACACCGCGGUGGAGACUAUGUGGGAUGCACGUCGCACGCGUGAGAAGGCUGAAGAGGAAGCUGACCAGAAGCUUCUUGAAGCUGUGUGCAAGGCGUCACUGGCAGAAUACAAUGAGCGCGAGCGAGCGCUGAAGGAUUAUGAGUCUGAAACCUCGCAGAGGUCACAGAAUCACCAGACGUCGUCGGUAGCACUGCAACAAGCUAAAAGCUGUGCGGUGCAGCGUAAGCUUGCAGCCAUGCAGACAGUAAUUGAUAGCAAGACGCGUGCACAUCAGAUGAGUGAGAAAGCUCGCAAAGCUACGUCACUUUAUGAGCAAAAGAACAAAGAGCGUCUUGCAAAACAGGCCGAAUUUGAGGCGCUCAAGCUUCGUGACGUGCAAGAAGCAGAAUUAUUUGCUGUACAAAAGCGCAAGGAGGAGGCCACGUGCAAACGGGCCGAAGCAGAACAGAAGGCGCGCGAGGCACAGGAGAAAGCAGAGGCGAUGCGACGCCAGGCUUUCCAGGCGGCCUCUAAGGUGCGGGCGAACUCACGCCGACAGAUUGAGACUCAGCUUGGUGAAGAGGAGGCACAGCGCCGACGUGAAAUGCAGCGGAGGUUGGACGAGAUCGAAAAAAAUAAGGAGAUAGCGCACCAGAGAAAGGAGGCAGCUACCAAGAAAGCGGAAAAUGCGCGCCGUCGUGCUGAGGAGCUUCGCUUGAAGGCAGAGCAAGCUCAAGCUGGGAUGACAUCCUUUACAGCCGCAGCACCAACGUCUUCGGCUUCAUAA